AUGCCAUCCCAAACACUGACUCGUGCCGAGGUCGCCAAACACACCACCGAGGAUUCUCUCUGGUGCAUCAUCGACCACCGGGUGUACGACCUAACCGAUUUCGUCGAUGCCCACCCCGGCGGCAGCGUCGUGCUCGCCCAAGUGGCCGGCCAGGACGCGACUACCGACUUCUACAACCUGCACCGCCAGGAGGUGCUAGAGAAGUACCGCGAAGACCUCUGCAUCGGGACACUCGAGGGCGAAAAGCCCGAGGUCAUCGAGCCUACGCCUGGCGCGCUGAGUCCGGUCCCCUAUGCGGAACCGCUGUGGCUGCGCCCGCAGUUCAAGAGCCCUUACUACAAGGAGAGCCACCGCCGCCUCCAGCGUGCGAUCCGCGAGUUCACCGACAAGCACGUCACGCCCGAGGCGCAGGAAAAGGAGAAGGAUGGCACGUAUAUCAGCCAGGGGCUCAUCGAUCGCAUGGCCGAAACUAAUAUCUUGGCUAUGCGGCUCGGCCCUGGGAAACAUCUUCACGGUCGCUCGUUGCUCGGCGGUGUGGUCGAUGGGAAGGAAUUUGAUUAUCUGCACGAUAUGAUCAUCGCGCAGGAAAUGGUGCGCGCCAAUGCUCGAGGCUUCCAGGAUGGAAACAUGGCCGGGAUGGCCAUCAGUCUGACUGCCGUGCAGCAAUGGCUGUGGGAUCCUGCUCUCAAGGAGCGCAUUAAUGGAGAGGUGUUAUCUGGCCAGAAGAAGAUGUGCCUGGCUAUUACUGAGGCCUUUGCGGGCAGUGAUGUCGCUGGACUGAAGACCACUGCUGAAAAGACCCCGGAUGGCAAACACUACAUUGUCAAUGGCACCAAAAAAUGGAUCACCAACGGCAUGUUUGCCGACUAUUUUGUGACCGGCUGUCGAACCGAGAAGGGAUUUUCCGUGCUUUUGAUCCCGCGCGGUGAGGGUGUCGAGACCAAACAGAUCAAGACCUCAUACUCGACUGCGGCGGCGACCGCCUACGUGCAGUUUGAGAACGUCAAAGUGCCGGUGCAAAACCUUCUCGGUGAGGAGCACAAGGGGUUCAUCGUGAUCAUGAGCAACUUCAACCACGAACGCUUUAUGAUGGUGGCCGCAGUGGUGCGCAUGUCGAUGACGAUCGUAGAGGAGUGUCUGAAAUGGUGCAACCAGCGCAUUGUCUUCAACAAGAAGCUGGUGGAACAGCCGGCAAUUCGCCAAAAACUCGCUCGCAUGAUUUCUCUCUCUGAGUCUAACCAGGCCUGGCUCGAGUCUAUUGCCUACCAGAUGUGCAACAUGACCUACGCCGAGCAAGCGGCGCACUUGGGCGGGCCGAUCGGACUGCUCAAGUCGCAUGCCACGCGGGCGGCGCAGGAGAUCGCUGACCAUGCCACCAACAUCUUUGGUGGACGUGGACUGACCCAGACAGGCAUGGGCAAGGUUGUGGAGAUGUUCCACCGCACGUACAAGUUCGACGCCAUUCUGGGUGGGACCGAGGAGAUUCUGGCGGAUCUGGGGGUGCGGCAGGCCAUGAAGAAGUUUCCCAAGGCCAUGCUGUAA